AUGAAGGACACAGAGCGCAUGUACUUGUGUCUGUCUCAGGAGCGGAUCAUCCAGUUCCAGGCAACCCCUUGUCCAAAGGAGCCCAACAAGGAGAUGAUCAAUGACGGCGCUUCCUGGACCAUCAUCUCGACAGACAAGGCAGAGUACCAGUUCUACGAGGGCAUGGGACCAGUGCGGAACCCUGUCACACCUGUGCCAAUUGUUCACAGUCUCCAUUUGAAUGGAGGCGGGGACGUGGCCAUGCUGGAGUUGACCGGCGAGAACUUCACCCCUGGCCUGAAGGUGUGGUUCGGCGACGAUUUUUUUUUGUGUGCAGUGGAUGACAACGAAUGCGAAUCUGAGGAAUUCACAGUGCGGGACGGCUACAUUCAUUACGGGAGCACUGUGAAGCUGGUGUGCUCUGUGACUGGCAUGGCCCUGCCGCGCCUCGUCAUCAGGAAGGUGGACAAGCAGAUGGCGCUGCUGGACGCCGACGACCCAGUGUCGCAGUUGCACAAGUGCGCCUUCUACAUGAAGGACACAGAGCGCAUGUACUUGUGUCUGUCUCAGGAGCGGAUCAUCCAGUUCCAGGCAACCCCUUGUCCAAAGGAGCCCAACAAGGAGAUGAUCAAUGACGGCGCCUCCUGGACCAUCAUCUCGACAGACAAGGCAGAGUACCAGUUCUACGAGGGCAUGGGACCAGUGCGGAACCCUGUCACACCUGUGCCAAUUGUUCACAGUCUCCAUUUGAAUGGAGGCGGGGACGUGGCCAUGCUGGAGUUGACCGGCGAGAACUUCACCCCUGGCCUGAAGGUGUGGUUCGGCGACGUGGAAGCGGAGACCAUGUACAGGUGCCAGGAGAGUCUGCUCUGUGUGGUGCCCGACAUCUCGGCCUUCCGGGGCAACUGGGAAUGGGUUCGGCAGCCGACUCAGGUGCCAGUGUCCCUCGUCCGCGGCGACGGCCUCAUCUACGCCACGGGCCUGACCUUCACGUACACCCCGGAACCCGGGCCCCGCCUCCACUGCCCCGCAGCCGACGGCAUCUUCCGCAACCCGGUGCACCCGCAGCAGCAGCAGCAGCACCAGCUGCACCCCAGCAUCCCGUCUGCGGGCCCGAGUCCCCUGGGCACCUACACCGAGCUGUCCCAACUACCACCUGCCGGCAUGUAACAAAGCGAGCGAAAAAAAACCGCAUAUUUACCAAGCAUGCAAAAACAAUGAUACAUCAGCAACAUUGAGGAAAUGAGGAUGUAGAGACUCCAGCUCUCAUAUGCCUGACGGGUGUUGAUUGUCGUCACCUCAUCGGAACUCUUCAUCGUCACAAUUACCCUCGUUGUUUGCUGUUGGUUGUUGUGGUUUUUUGUUGUUGCUGCUGGCCCUCAACAAGUCGCGUACAAUCAAUCAAUCAAUCAAUCAUCCCGAGUGCUGCUGUGUUUUUUUUUCUUUCUUUCUUUUUGUUUUUUUUUUUUGCUGCACGCGCAUGCACAUAUACCGAUCGUAAUAAUUGCAAAAAUAAUGAUGAUGAGUCGUCGCAGGGGAUGGAUGAGAUCUCCAAUUCUGCCAACUGUGCAGCAUGUGUUUAUUAGUUGGUAUAGUGGCAAAAGCUAUAUAGGAAGAAUAUGAAGAAGAAGCAGCAGAAGCAUUGCGAAAAUCAUAUCCACUGUCAUGGCGAUUUUUUUUUCGCCAUGACGCAAAAAGAUAUCAUUUAAUAAACAACUAAAAAGGCAUUUAAAUGCUCAUACUGCAGGUUUUUUUUUUUUUUUUCUGUGGGUUGCCGGAAAGAAAAAGACAAAUCCUUAGUGUUGCCAAGUAUUUGUCUUCAUGCUGCUGCAAAACCUUGGAGAGACGAGGGUUGUCCCAUUUCUACGCGACUUCUGGUAUUUUUAUAAUGCACUUGUGGUUGUGAAGAGAACCAUGCCGUAACCCGCGGUGUUUGAAGGUAUUGGGAUAUUUUACAGUUUUUAAAAACGUUUUUCAAUUUACUGCGCGUUGAUGUUUGAAAGCUGUCUGAAGUUACAGUCCGAGUUCUCAACUCAAGUCAGAGGGUUGUAAAAAUUUGUCGAUCGAACAUUCAAAAUUCUUCACGUAAAUUGUUAUGAAAAAUUGAAUGGGUAAAAGAAGGAAGAAAUUUCAAUUUUUAGUUGGCCCAACGAAUUUUUAUAUCUCCCAGCGACGACAUGUGCGGAGAACUCUGAUGACUGUGUAUCUGGACACUUCUCACUUCUCAGCAUGCUGCAAAUUGAAAGAUUUACUGAAAUUCCUAAAAUGGAAAAUCUCAAAACCUUUGAUCAUCAUCAUGGAUUAUACCAAGUUUUUUUUUUUAAUCACUCCUACUUAGAAAGAUAUCAGAGCGGUCGCGUCCAACUGAGACAAACCUUGCACUCUGAAUCAAAAGUAUGUAACCACACUUUUUGCACACGGAAAACACUUCUGUGUGUGUGUGUUUUUUUUUUGGAGAAAGGAUAGCGAUAAUCAUUUCUAAAUACCUGUUGGGUAUGAGGACGAGGGACACAUAUUUCUCUGAACCCUUCGUGAUUUUUGUUUUGAAUUUUAAAUAUAUAGGGACCAAUCCCCCGAAAGCGGCAGAUGAGCAUACUCAUUAAAUUAGUGUUGCCUGUUCAAUUUUUUUUUUUUUUUUGGAAGCAAGAAUUUUUAGAAGAGACGGAAGUGAGGGAAAAAGAUUGCGUGAAUGUCGGAGAGUGACAAUGCGUGUGUGUCAUGCAAAGGGGUUGGGAUGCGGGUAAAAAGUUUUCCCAACCAAAAUGUGUAUUCUGCAGCAGUUCCAAAGAGGAGGAUAGUGUCUUUUUUUUUUUGUUUGCAAGUGUACGGAAUAAUCCGCUGAGAAAGAAAAGUAGACGAGACAUUGUUUUUACCUUCAAAAUCUGCUGGAAUGGUUCGUCGCCAAUCUAUUCUGUCCAGCAUCGGAAGGCUUUAUAGUGUUUUAUUUUAUUUUUUCGCGUUAUCUUUUUUUUUCUUGGCUGGGAUUGACGUUCUGCAUAAAAAGAAAUUGUGUGGAAAUGAAUUUUCCAUGUGAUACAAGAAUACUGUGAUAAAAGAAUAUGUAAUGUUUAUUUCAGCUGGAUAUGUCAGUUUAUUGGAAGCGUGGGGAUGAAUAAAUGAGCAGACAAUCCAAGCUUUGAGGCAUGAGCAUGUCUUUUGAACAA